CUCACGGCAACGCCACAGCGAACGACAACAUUCCAAAAUGGCUCCUCCGGCGAAAGAGCUCACCGACGCCGAGAAAGAGCUGUACAAGGCUAUCCAGGCCGGCGAUGUGUCCGAGGCGCGAACGCUAGUCAACCGCGUGCGGAUCGACUGCCUCGACGAGCACGGGAUGACGCCGCUGCAGCACGCCGCGUACCGCGGAAACUACGACCUCUGCAAGCUGUUCCUCGAGUGCGGCGCCGACGUCAAUUCGCACUACCACGACUCCGGCUACACGGCGCUCAUGUUCGCGGGCCUCGCCGGCCGCGCUGACGUCGUGAGCCUGUUGCUCGAACACGGCGCCUCGACGACCACCGUCAACUCGCUGGGCCGCACGGCGGCGCAGAUGGCCGCAUUCGUGAGCAACCACGAUGUGGUGGCCAUCAUCAACAACUUCUUGCCCCGCGAGGAGCUCGAGUACUACGCGCGGCCCCAGGGUCUCGAGAAGGAGCCCAAGCUGCCGGCGACGCUGGUCUCCCCGCUCUACCAGCUCAUCGUGCGCACCAACAUCCACCCGGUGCGUGUCGCGCUCUACCUGCAGCAGAAGCGCGAGCUGAUCGACCAGUCGGCCAAGGUGGAGCGCGUACUGAGCCUGCUCUGCGAGAAGCAGAUGAAGACCACCAGCGCGGAGCCCAACGAGAUGCUGGCGCUCAAGUUCCACCACCUGGCCUUCCUCAUCAGGACGUGCAGCAAGUUCGUGCGCGACCGCGCGCCGACGUCCGGCGGCAACGCCGAAGGAGCCGGCAAGGGAAACAAGACGGCGGGCCUGCUCGAGCCGCUCAUCAAGACGUGGUUGCGCGGCCGCGACGAGGACGACUUCCCCGUGCUCCUGGAGAAACUGUUGAGGCAGUCCGUGCGCGAGUUUCCCUACCAUGAGUGCACCAUCCUCCAGCAGCUGGUGCACACGCUAUCCGGUGUCGAGGUCGGAAAUGAGCCAAGUGCCAUCUCCAUCUUGGCCGAGGCCGUGCGCGGCCAGAAAGGGUAUGACCAGGGAGCCUCGUGCACAGCCUGCGGCGAGCCCCAGGCCGACAAGCGCUGCUCAGCCUGCAAGUCCGUGCAGUACUGCGGUGCCCCAUGCCAGAAGUUGCACUGGUUCACACACAAGCGCCACUGUGCUCGCCUGGCUGAGGAAUACCAGAGGGCCCUUGCCGAGAAAGCGGCCGAAGAAGAGAAAGAGCAACGUGCAAAGGAAGAACAAACGUCGACGUCGGGGCAGACGACGACCGAGGCAUCCUCAAAUGGCUGCCCCGAUGAGUCUACCAACACCCAGUCAACCAGUGAAUGUGCAAGUGCCACACCCAUUAAGACUGCUUGAAAUCACCGCCUUUGUUGAAUGAGAGUGUUUAUCAGAUAAGGAUGCUCCCAAAUUUUUUCAUGCGGGGAGCUGGAGGAAGUUGUGGUACGGCGAAGUGCACUGUUGUGAGACGCAGAGGCUGAAUAUACCCCUUGCAAUGCAUUUGCUCGUAGAACACCAAACAAACCCUGUUCAGCCUGCACACCAUGUGUCGUAGCGCUUACAUUUAAAGGCAUUUCUGUACCAAACAAGUGAAAAAUGGUCUAUCCACGCAGCCGUUUUUAUCUGCAGACGUUUGCCAUGAACUCUUGCCAUCAUAACAUUGCAGUUUCUUGUUAAAAAACAAUUUGAUGCUAGACCCCCCAAGUUGAUUUCAUUAGGGACUUCAUAACAAUUUAAGGUAGGCAGGUUAAGAGGGCAGAAGGUGUCACAUAGGAUAAACUCAUAUUGGAUGCGAAAUGUAGUUUUUCUUUUUUUUAGAAAUUGAAAUUUUUAACCUGCUAUGAAAGGUAUGGUCUGACAUCAAGAGCUUAUAUUUAAAACUUCUUAAUUGCUACUUAAAACGCCCAACACAUGCAAUCACGCAGUGCAAUACAUAUCGUUAAUGCUAAAAAACCUGCGUGGCCGUAUGCAGGCAAGUGUUCAUUUCUGCAAAGACCAGUGCUUCUAGUCAGGUGUUGUCAAGCCUCUGUAUGUUCAUUUUCAAAGCCACUGUAGUUGUUCAAGGUCCACAAUCACAGAGUGCAACUUUGUUUCCUAGUGAUCCACUGUUAUAGCAACUUUGCAUUCUCUCUGCAUGCUGAGCUCCUGUGUUAAAAAGAAAGCUGUGUUUUUUGCACUUAGCAUUAUUUAAUGAAGCCUUAACUACUCAGUACUGUGAUGCUGAAUAAGUGUUUGCCUAAAUAAAUGUAAUCUGACUGUUG